AUGUGUUCCGUGCUGUUCGUGUCACUCUUUGCCGCGGUUUUCUUGGCUCAGGUCGAUGGAGGUGGACAUCAGUCAUUAGAAAUCAUUUCAUCAACAUCGACGAAUAAUACAUCAAUUGCUAAUGAUACUAAGGCCGACGAAUCAUCAUCAUCGGCAAAUAAUAAUGAAGAGAAUUUGUCAACUUCGCCAUCCAUCGAUAAACCAUUACCUGCUGCCAGCGAGAUUGGCUGUGGUCAAAGAUCAAAAGAUAGAUGGGAAACGAAGGAAUUGACGGGAGGGCUGGAGGAUCGAGCAGAAUACGGCGAGAUACCCUGGAUGGUAGCCAUAUUCCAGAUGCCUUUUAAUGACUAUGGUCCACCCUUCCUCCAGCACUGUUGCAAUGGAGCAUUGAUCAGCGAACGAGCCGUACUGACUACGGCAUACUGCCUAGAAAGCUAUGGGGGAAGGGCCGAUCGAUUGCUGAAGGACGUGCGAGUGCGCGUAGGCCACACUCAUCCAGAUUAUAGUGACUUCUCGCUGAUCAACAACAUUGCUGUGCUGGAGCUGGCCAACGCUGUGCAGUACGGACCCACCAUUCAACCAGUGUGUCUACCAGAGAAAAACUUCACGAUCGGUUACCAGGAAAACUUUAUCUUCUCCGGAUGGGGUGAAACAGUUAAAGCCACAAAGCCAACAAAAGGACACAACUUGCUUAAAAAAGUUAUACUACGUAAUACUGAGUGGGCCGUUUGCAAGGAAGAGAUUGCACCGUAUGAUCCAUCGCAUCGUAUCAACCUCCACAAUAGCCUCGUUUGUGCCACUAGGCAACAUGAAGAAAUACCAUGCCGGGAGGAUACGGGAGCACCGGUAGUGGCGGAAGUGCCGAAUUCCGAGGACAGAUACUAUUUGCAUGGAUUAGUCUCGUGGGGAUACCAUUGUCGGCAAAAAAAUCGUACAUCUGCGGCCCUGACCAAUGUGCGACUUUUCCGUGAGUGGAUCGACUCAACUCUCACCCAGAUUGCGGUUGAAGCAACAUGA